AUGAUGCUCAUUAGGUCAUCGUACGAUGCUGCUCGUCGUCUUGGACUGUUUGCUCCCGUCCAUUUGUCUCGGAAUCGUCCGAUUGUGUUUCAUCAGUCGCUUGACUUUCGCUUUACAUCCACGCAGACUACAGCCGUGACUUGUUCUUCCAUUGAUAAGACGGUCCUUCCCAAUACCCCCAUUCCAUUGAAACGUCGUAAGAAUAAAGUAGCCAAGAAAAAAGUCUCUGCUCUUGCUGCUUCUACUGUCGCUACAAAAGAUGUAGAGACAUUGAUACCGAAGAAAAAGGUCAAGAGCAAGCACAAGCCACGAAAACUCAUGUCGCAGAAGCAGAUUGAAGAAGAAAUGCUGGCAAGAGCAAUGAAAGAAGACGCCGAGACAAGUGCAAGUGCAAGUGCUACCGGGACGGUAUUGGAUACGGUCCCAGUGACUGUAUCGGAUACGGUUCCAGUGACUGUAUCUGGUACGAAGAAGAGUAAACAGAAUUAUGCUCAGUCUACGGACAAAACAAAUGGAUCUAAAGCUAUGGAGACUCCAGUCGUGCCAUUGAAAGAGCCAAUGCCAUUACAAAACCUCAAGACUGAGAAAAUUACAAUGACGUUGCAGGAAAUUGCAGCAUUGCAAAAGACGCUACCGAGUAAAAAGGAAAUUGCAGCACUGAUUACAAAGCUCCGACGUGUGUCGUUUGAUAACGCACAUACAUUGUUUGAUCUGUAUCGAAACUUUGGUAAUCCGUACUUGGACGAGAAUUUUCUCACGCCAGGUGUGUUGGCGUGUUGUGAGGCGAAGAAACCAGCUGAAGGGAUUCGUAUUGUUCGUGAUAUGCUCAAUCAAGGACGCAAGGUAGAUGAGUCUACAUUGCGGACUUUGUUGACUGCGUGUGACGAGGCGUCGGCUGCUGCGGAAGUCAUUGAGCUUUGGUAUCUAAUGGAACAAGCUGGGAUGAAACUGGAGCUAGCUGACUACAACCGCUUCUUAGACAUUUGUUACCGCCAAGAAUAUCUGGAUGGUGCCAUUAAGGUGCUAAAGGAGCUUCGUCUACACCGUUCCAUUUCAGUGCACACGUACAUGCACUGGCUGCUGCGUGCGUCAAUUGUGUGGCGAUCGGACGCAUUCUUUGACAUCCUGAUGGAAAUGCGUCUUUCGGAAGUUGAGCCAGAGAUCAUGUCGCUCACGUCACUCGAAUCAGGACGCAAAGACCGUGCAUUGACGGUGAUGGAAGGAGUGCGUGCUGUUGGGCUAGAUCCGUGCUUUGCAAUGUCGUCGGUAUUCUCGUCUAUGCAGUCGUCUGUUUACCGCAAUGGACCGAGCUACAUGGCAUUGACGUCGAAGGAUAUUAAGAUUGCACGGGAAAAGUUUGGUGACCUCACACCGAUCGAGCAAGAAUGGCCUGUGACUCCAAUCCCGCAAGUGUUGGAAACUCAGGCAGCAGGACUGAUCCUGCAGCAAGAAACGUUUCGCCGGCUGAAGCGACAGCAAGUGAACCGCAUCGAUGCACUCCUGCAGAUGUUGCCUAUCACAGCCAACAUGACUAUUAACUUGCGCAAGCAACUCUUGCGCAUGUCGUUGCUGGUAAAUACGCAUCGUGUUCGUCGUGACAGAGAAACUAUCUGUAGGGAAUACGACAGUGGACGUAGCCUCAUUGAGCUGUCGACCGUACACAAUUACCCUCCAGUAUCGCUUAUGCGAGUUAUCCUUCGUGCAAAGGGCAAGAACCAGAUUGAGAUCAAGAAUGCGCUGGCGAGACCUGCCGUGAACCUGUCAAAGCGCGAUCAGCAUGAAUUGCGUAAGGCUAUCGAAUACGACAGUAUUCACAAAAGUGAUCCAUUCAUUGGUGCACCAAAGUACAAUGCUGACUCGUUAGAAAAGGCCAUUGAGCAUUAUUUGAAGGCCAAGGGGAUCCGCCUCAAGACCCAAAGUGAGUUAUGCACGGAUCAAAUUGCAAGUCACGGGCGUCGCGUCAUUUCUCCGGAUAUUUUGCUUUUGGAUCCUGUAAUCAUUAACGGCGUGCCGAUUCGAUGGAUCGAUGCCAAGAAUUAUUACGGAGCUCAUAUUGUAAGCAAACGGUUGAUUUCAACCCAGCUUGCAAAUUACGUCAAAGAAUGGGGUCCUGGUGCCAUUGUGUUUGGAAUGGGCUACAGCGACAUGUUUUCGCUACCAGGUGUCAUUUGUUUGGAUACGACACCGUUUCCAAAGACACGCAAGGAAGCUGCCAAGAUUCGCAUCAAGUCGUUUUUGUAUUCGUGUCUCAAUGUUUUUCGCUGGAAGAAGCAUUUGGGCAGUGAAUUGACCAAGAAAUACCCUGGUAUUGAAGACGAUGCGUCGAUAAAAUCGUCAACUCCGUCUUGGUUCUAUUUAGUUGAAUGUCUACGAGAUCCUCCACGGAGUGACUUUGCAUUUGUACCACACCAGUACAUCUUGGCGCCACUAGAUCUUUUAAAUGGAUCAGAUCUGUCUCCUAGCGAUGAAAACACUCCCAUUAAUUCUCGACCUGAUUAUCGUCAUAAUAAAAAACGACUUGCCAGUCAAUGGAAUACAUUUUUUGCACUCCAUCUCCUUACCAUGGGGGCUGCAAGUGUAGCAUGUGCAUGGUUAACAUUAUUCCCAAUCUCUCCAAGAAGAUUAUACAAUAUGCAAGUGGAUAUUUUUCAAGCUAGACACGAACAUGCCGAGUUUUUCUUUCACUCGUGUUUAAAUCUGGGUACGGUACUUGGAGCUGCUGUUGCUGGUUACUCUGGUGACCGAUUGGGUCGAGCAGGGACAUUGGAACUCGCAGCAAUCCCAUUUCUAUUGGGUUCAAUGCUCAUUGGUGUCGCAUUUGGAGAACUUACAGUCUUAAUUGGACGGUAUCUACUUGGUACAGCAGCUGGGAUGAUCCAUGUCAUUGUACCGGUCUAUUUAGCUGAGUUAAGUGCUGCACAUACACGCGGUCGAGUCAUUUGUGUGCAAAAUUUCUUUUCGAUGCUUGGACGGAUUAGCUACGCGGCACUUGGAGCACUCUUUAUGUAUCUAAGUCGACAGUAUCUCGGCUUUAAUCUUAGUGAAUGGAAAAUGCUUGCGCUCGCGGGGCUUGUGCCUGCGUUGAUACUGUUGCUGUUGGCGCAAAAGCUUCCUGAUUCACCCACGUGGCUCAUUGCACGUCACGACGAUCGGGAAGCUGCUUUUGACGUGCUAUUGAAACUAUUUAAUCGAGAUGAACAAGUUGCAGAGGACGAGACCAAUGCUAUCAUUCACGCACAAGUACUCGCAGCGACAGAGAGGCGCCAUCACGGCGCAUUCUUUCGCCCCGUACUUCUUUGCGCGGCGCUCUUUACACUAAGUGCUGUGAGUGCAUUCCUUCUCCAGCCACAAAUUGCGCCAACGCUUGCUGAAGCUAGUAGCAGGGGUGUUGGGGGGAUUCACACCAAUGCUUCGUUCGUCCUUACAAUUUUUGGCGUUACUGUCAAAGGUACGGAAGAAGGUCUGAUUGCUGUCACUAUGGCUGUUGCAUUAGCUGCUGCGGUGGGUGUAGUGGCGUGUUUCUACUUUGUUGAUACCAGAGGACGGCUUGUAGUGCUGCAGUGUGGAUGUUGCUUGGUGGCAUUAGCUUGUGCUUUUCUAAUGGUGUCCAUCUCCCGAAAUGCGCAUCUAGUGAAAGCCGAUGGCGUAGCACUUAGCGACUUGGGUUGGGCGGCCAUGCUGCUGGCCAAUGCUAGCCAUCAGCUCAGCCUCGGUGUUAUUCCCGUGAUUAUGGUCAGUGAGCUUUUUGCAGUGAAGCAGCGAAUGGGCGCUGUGAGUCUCGUCAUGAUGUGGGAAGCAAUUGUGAACAUCGGACUUGCUCACGCGCUAUCAAUGCUUCGCGAGUCCGUCCCAUGUCCAGUGUCAGUGUUUAGCAUCUGCGUCGGUAUCGUCAUGGCAUGUAAUAUCGCCGGAGUUGUCUUGUCCUGGUGGUACAUUCCCGAAACUAGCAGACGUAGUCUCCAAGACAUUGAAGCUAUUUUAUGUGGAUGGCAUCCUGCUACUCCUCGCCGUAACAAUUCUUCACACGUUUGGCUUGAGUAUGGAAGCAGCGAUUGA